ACAGGUUUCAGUUCACGGGCCAUUGGGUUUGGGACAAACAAACAGUUCUUUGGACUAAAUCAUCAGUAGGUGCCCUGCCUGGCCGUCCUCAACUGAUCCUUCAGAUUCAUUCCAAUACCCUCCUGUUUCUUGGAUUACAUUUCAAUUUUGGUCAUCAUUAAAGAAAAAAGGUAGCGAUGAUUAGGACCAUGUUUCAUCAUGCAAGGAAACAUCCAGGGUUGAUCCCUCAGUUCUUCUUCCUGACGCUGGGCAUGGCGGGAGCCUUCGUCUACCUGCUGCGUCUGGCCAGGGGGCCGCAUGUCACAUUGUGGGACAAGAGAAACAACCCGGAGCCCUGGAACAAGCUGGAUCCCACGUACCAGUACAAGUUUGUGGCCGUCAACACGGACUACAAGAGCCUCAAGAAAGAGGGCCCGGACUUCUAGAAGGACCUCCGAGCGACUCCAAGGGCACAGCCUUAUGGCGGCAACCUCCUGUCGUCGCCGCGGCGAUACACGACUACAUCCGCACAGUCCUUUUACGGAGUCUCACACACACACACACACACACACACACACACACACACUCACACACUCCAAAGCACGCCGUUUAAAAUAAACACUGUAACCUUGAGGUGAAAGUUGGUUAUUAAAGGAAACAUGAGGACUGG